GAGGCAAAAACCCAAGCCGCCAAGCGCACGACGGAAACGGAAGCUUCCUCUCCUCCCUGCCUACCCGCGUCCGUACGGCUCUUUGCCUGCCCCAAUGGCCUCCACGGCGGCGGCGCCGGUGGUGAUGGUGACGAACGACGACGGCAUCGACGCGCCCGGGCUCCGCUUCCUCGUCGACCAGCUCGUUGCCGAGGGGCGCUUCCGCGUCCUCGUCUGCGCGCCCGACACAGACAGAUCGGGUGUCAGCCACUGCAUCACAUGGCGUCCUGCACUCUGCUGUAAACGGGUCAAUAUCAGCGGCGCUACAGCAUUUGGAGUUUCAGGAACUCCUGCUGACUGUGCCUCUUUAGGCAUCUCUGGGAAGCUCUUUGAUGGUUUAGUUCCUGAUUUGGUGCUUAGCGGAAUCAAUAUUGGCAACAAUUGUGGGUUCCAUGUUGUAUAUUCUGGAACAGUUGCUGGUGCUAGGGAGGCAUUCAUAAAUGAUAUUCCUGCAUUAGCUAUGUCAUAUGAUUGGGUUGCUGGUCAGAGCAGUGUUAAUGACCUCAAAGUGGCCGCAGAGGUUUGUAUGCCUCUGAUAAAUGCUGUCAUGGUGGAGAUCAAGAAUGGGACAUAUCCUAAAGGAUCAUUCUUGAAUAUAGAUGUGCCAACUGAUGCUGCACACCACAAGGGAUAUAAAAUUACAAAACAAGGAAAAUACAUGGCCAGAAUUGGAUGGGAGCAAACAGUUUACAAGAAGCCUGCAGUAGAAAGUUACCAGACAGCAAACAUCAAUGAUGACAGUGAAAAAGACAGUGAAGUAGAUACUUCAUCAGAGAGCGACCUAUUGUUUAAGAGAGUGAUAGUGAAGAGAAGUUACGAUGAAGAGGACGGAGAGGACAUGGACCACAAGUCCCUUGUAGAUGGAUAUAUUACUGUUACUCCUUUGGGUGCUCUCUCCCGUGCAGAAGCAGAUGUUAUACCCUACUACAAAGCUUGCUUGUCACGUAUUUGAAGAUAUCUGUCUUCCUCAUCCCUCUAGGAGGUGAGCAACUUGGGAGGCUGGACAAGCUAAACCUAUAGAUGUCAUCGCCUGGAAAUUGCAAAUAAUUUAUGGCAUUCUAGUUGAUGUUAACGAUGUAUUUGCCAUGCUAUGUAUUGCGGCAUAUGUCAUAACGAUGGGUUUUCGAUAAUUGGUUGGCAUUAUUAUUUCUGUCGAUCUUGUUUUUUCAGGUGACACCUUAUCAUUUCAAGAUAUCAACCACAUUUGUUUAUACAUUCCUAGUUCCCAGAUUUCUUAAUUGUAUUUUGUUAAUGACAUCUAAAGGGAGUUAAGAUCUC